AUGGAAGCUGCACUUAAUGGUCUGGCUGGGACUGUCAAACAUUCUGCAUCGAAAGAAGCCAUCAAUGUGGCAAAAGAAACAUGGAAGCGGUUCAGUGAUAAGAAAGACGUUCCAAUUGUUCACCUCAGAGAAAAAUGCCUGGCUGCUUUUGAACUUGCAUUCGAUCAUGGCAAUGAAAAACAUCAUCAUGCAGUGGACGGAGUACAAAUCCUUCUUCGUGAUCAAUUAUUCCACGACACAAUCACAGAAGAAACUCAAAACAGUUUACCGUCACAAGUUUUACAUGCCAUGACCGGAAUAGAUGAAUGGAGAAGUCAAUUACAAUGUAAAUGUAUUACGCUUCUGGUAGAAAUGGUAUGUAGUAACGAAUUAAAAGUUUCGAUGAUAGAUGUGGAACAGUGUGUGCAGAUUUACAAAAGAGUUUAUGGAAAAAAUGAAGAAGAAAGAGUUCGAGUAGCUUGUCGGGCUGCAACCACACAAUCCCUUUCUGCAUACUUUUCAAAUCGUUAUGCUGCUUGCGAAUCACCUCAGGAAGCUAUUGCGGUUUAUAUGGACGUUGGGAAAAUGUUAGAAGAACUUAGUGCAGAAGUAGAACAAAUGAGUAGUGCCCAUGAGCAAUGCCUGAUUUCUCUCGAUGCCAUUUGUGCUCUUUUGACAUCGUCGAAUUUGAGAAUUCUCCGUCAUCAACCAUUUGUGAACUUGUUAUGGGAGAAAAUUUGUCCACUGAUUAUACUGUUGCUGGGGAUUCCCCAAAAAGGAAUGAGCAUUUCAUUAAAAGCAUCGGAAAGUGGUGGAAAUGAUGAGCCAGUUGGAGAAGGUAAAAUUGAUUUUGCUCUCGCACCUUCCGUGAUCACCAACCCUCACACAUGGCGGGCUUUAUACCAAAUCGUAGAUCAAUUAAUUCGGCUGAUGAUAUCUGAUCCAUCUCUUGCAUCGUCCCUCGAAGCUUUGUUCCACAAAGCUUUUCUAUUUCCACGGUUGGAUCAACGAUCAGAAGCUCUGAGGCUCAUUAAGAAAAUACUGGGAGACGGAUCGAAAAUGAGUAAAAUUGCAAAAAGUUGUGUCACUACACGAUCUUUAUCGUUAUGGAGAAUGUUGAUGACUUGUAUAGUUGAAUGUGCCAAUCCACAAUUGGAGUUGAGUAUUGAUGCAGUUAAAACUAUAGUUGCUAUGUUGGAUGGAAUGAAACAACUGUCAACUCAUCGCUUUUUCACAGAGGACGAAAAGAAAAUGAUUUCAGAAACAUUCUUAUCUGUGGAAGAUACAAUUGUGAACUCUUUUUCUCUAAAAUGUUCUGAGCGAGCUUCCGAUAUUUCCACAGUGGAUGAAGACACCGAAAAUGUUUUUGAUCAAUCCGGAAGUAGUUCUGCAUCGGAUGAUCAAAUGGCACUGAAGUUAAGAAGACUUGAACAGAAAUUCCGAUGUGGAACAAUUUCUACCAGAAGGUCUAGCGAGUUAGAUGAAAGUAGCGAGAGAAAUACCGCAAAAAAUUUUGUUGAGUCAUUUUCUGAAAACUUGGAAUUGAUUGCUUCUCCUAAAAGCACACUAUCGAUAGACGAAGCUAUUCUACAGUUUGCAUCUAACUUCUAUGCUAACUUUUGUUCUGUCCAUGCCGACGCAUACAAGUCUCGAUCAAAAAUUCAACAAGAAUUCCUGAAUACUGAUGCGAUAUACCUAACGACGUAUGCAGCUCUCUCAUACGUCUCUCGCCCGAAUACAUACACUUUGGAGGAUUUGAAAAAGACUGUUUUGAAUUCUGGAAGUGUGGUCCACGUGGCGAAUGGAUGGCUGGAAAAAGUGUACGAUAAUCUCAAACUAGCAGAUGUCCAUGCCACAAAAAUUACUCCAACGCUGAAAAAUGUGAUCAACGAUUUCGAUGGGCAAACAAAAGGAUUACUGUCGGAUGUCGAAAAGUUGAAAAGAAUAAAAACAAGACAAGACGAAGUGGAUUGUACUCAAGAGAAAAAUGUGGCAAGAUGGAUGACGAGUUCCGCAUGGCAGAUGAUAAUUGAUGUUCUCUCAACGUUCUCAUCAGCUAAGGAAAAGAGAAAAACAAGGGAGAAGAUUCGAGAGGCAAUAUCAGUUUCUAUUUGUGGAAUGCGAAAUCUUUGUGCUGUUGCCCAAGUUUUGGGAUUAGAAUCUCGAUGUGGUUGGAUAUUCGAACAACUCGUUGAAACUUCCUGCUGUCUCGAGGAUCUUAGGGACGAUGCUAUUGCUUCUGACAGUGAACAGAAAUCCACUUGCACUUCUCGGGAACAUCUUCUGGCCAUGCAACUGGUUCUUGAUGAAUCCAGAAUUGCAAUUCAUGCGUCUUCAUGCUGGAAACAUAUUAUUCGCUGUUCUGAAUACAUCUGGGAGCUUGAGAAGUACAUUUAUGGAGCCCUGUGCUAUGAGAAGCCCUCUCGACUGAAGUUUCUACGUAGAAAAACGGAAGAAAAAGAGGAGGAUAAGGAAGAGAACACAAGCGUUGCUGACAGUUCCAUAGAAAAUGCACUUGGUGAUGAGCCCACACUUUCUGUUCACUCGUUGAAUCGAGCAAUUUGUGUUCUGAUUGCCAAAGUUGAUCGAUUCUAUUCUCAAGUUUGUCGUGAAUUAUGCCUUCCUGCGCUUCAUGAUCUCUGCGUGGCGAUUGUAUCCUCAUCUGAGAAUCGAAUAUUCUAUUCAGCUCAGAAACACAUUCAUUUGACUGCACCAGUUUCUCUGUUGACAAGAAUUUCUGAUAUAAUAUCCACACUUUCUCAUCGUCCUUUGAUUCAUCAAAUGUUCAUUUACCCUUUGGUAUCUGCACAUUUUGUGAAAGUGUGUCAGUGUGAUCAGGAAUCUAGAAUAGCUGCUUCAGCAUUGGCAGAAGUUGUUACAAGGUUGCUGAUAACAGAAUCACCGGGAAUGUCAUUCAACCAAACGCUCAUUGUUCCUUUUCAGACUGCAUCAUGCUCGGAGAACUGCUCAGAAGAAACAAAAGAACAACUUCUGUGUGCUCUCAGUCAAUUAGUUCUCUCUCAAGCUGAUAAAAUAGGUUCUGGCUGGAAACCACUUUUUGGGUCAUUGAAAGCAGUUGGUGCUGCUAGAGAUGAGAAAGUUCAUUGGUGUGCGAUUGACGUCAUUUCUUCAUAUCUCCGAAUCGAUAGUCCAUCGAUUCUAUCCUCAAGUAUUCUUGAAUGUGUUCCGUGUGUUGUCAACUUGCUUCAAAAUUCUGAUGACUCUUCGGAAGUCUCUUCUGCUGCACUUCGACUACUUCCGAACAUUUAUUCAUUGAUUUUAUACCUCUACAGUACUCCACACAUUCCAAAUUAUCACCUGCUUCAUCGAUCAGAUUUGCGGUCGAAAUGCUUGGAUACAGUAGAAAUGGAUCAAGAUCCGGUGGCAGUUCCUCAUGGGCCACUUCCAUGGGAAGGAAAAGAAACAUAUGAAAUUGCAGCAGCUGAGCUUUUUCUGACAUUUAUGGAUCAAAUCUGUGGAACACUUUUGACGUCUUCUCCAGAUACUCAGAAGAACCUUCUGGAUAUGAUCGGACGUCUCCUGGUAGAUAUUGCUAACAAACCAUUAGGAGCGGAUAGUGGAGGUGUAUGUAUGUCAGCUGUAAUUCUUCCAUACGUUCAAAAAUGGAUAAGACGACCAGAUGUAGAGGAGGUGAAGAUCUUGAAACAAGUCAUUGGUGCAUGCACUCAAACAGUAAUCGACAUGUUGGAAUUAGAGAAAAUGUCUGCUUGGCGAGAUAGACUUCUUCGGGAUAUAUGUUCUUUGAUAGUAGAAUGUACCCUUUUUGAUAAAACAUGUGCAGUGGCUCCAGCAUAUUUCACUCUGAUUGCUAAUAACUCUACACACUUUUCAACUGAGCAAUGGAGUAUAUUUAGUAAUUUCUUAGCAAAUGCAUCGUCUCAAAGUCUUCGACACAUCAAACUUCUCAAUUCAUUUUUCGUCCGAAAUUCUACAGAUGAGAACGGAGAUAUUGGAGAUGUGACAUCUUAUAAUCCGGGAAAGCUCUUAUUCCGACAGUUUAUAGCAGCUGUUCAAGUUUUCUCUUCCCGAAAAGAGAGAUUUAUUAAUGAUGAUGAAGAAGAUUUGAGUAGUGGAAUAGCAUUGAUAAUGUUAUCUCAUGGAGCAGAUACUCACAGAUUAGAAGUUCACUCAAUCAUUUCUACCCUUUUCACUCAUUGUCUUCUUCUCCAAUUAAUUGCAUCUCUUCUUCUCUCAGAAGACUCAAAUCCCAAGCUCAAAGCCUCAUUGAUCGGUUCCACAAGUCCCAUGGAUCCGAAGCUGGAUGAUUCGAUUUAUCCAAUCCUUUAUGGAAUUCUCAGCGAAUCUUCAGAGACAAGUCUUGAUUUCGAUAGUCGACCAGCAGUCGGAAGUUUACUUUCUCGAAUGUUGGGAAUAGAGCAUGCGAACCUUUUGAAAAUUCUCGUCAGUUCGAAUUUGAUCAGAACGAUAAGUUUGUUGAGAAGAUUUGAGAGAACCAAAAAACAAGGACAUCUCGAAGAGAUCGCAAAAUUGGUUAAAUCGAGAAGUAUUGACUUGAAGAGUGUAGAAUUCGAAGUGAGCACAAGAAGAAGUGCUCUUGUAUGCAGAGAGCAUGCGAUUACAAUGUACCACCUGGUUCCUGUGGAAAAUGGAGAAGAAAAUGCAUAUCGACUGGUUUCCCAAGAUUUUGUAGACGAUGCGUUGAGCGAAUAUGACAAGCAUCGUGAUCGUUUGAAACCAUUUGUUCCCGACCGCCGAAAUCCAUUCCAACAGGCUCUAGAAGACCCGGAUACAACUACGAUUCAAAAUAAUGACCAGAACAAAGAUGAUUACGAUGAGACUCGUCUAGCUGCACAUCGUGACAUUUGUCUGAUUCCUCUCCGUUAUGUUGCUGAUAACUUGCUCCGCGAGCACCUUCCAGAUUUUCUUCCAGCAGUUUCUCAAAUAGUUCUUGCAUCUCCAGAUCUUGCAAUUCGACAAUUAGCUGUGGAUAUUAUGUCGAGAUUGGCCUAG